AGGUGAAGAGUCUAAUGAAGAAACUGGAGAUGGUAGAGAGUGAAAGAGAUGAUUUACUUGAGGAGAAUGCUAAAUUGAAGGGUACAAUAGACACAUUAGGUAUCUCAUAUGAAGGUAGAGAAGUUGAUGAAAGCAAUAAGUCAUCAAUACAAUCAUCAGAGCCUGAGAAGGAAGAGAGUAAAAAGAAGAUGACAAAAGCAAUGCAAAUGGAAAUAGAUCAUUUACGAUCAUCUCUUCAAAGCAAAACAGGUAUAGAGAGUGAAAGAGAUGAUUUACUUGAGGAGAAUGCUAAAUUGAAGGAUGCAAUAGACACAUUAGGUAUCUUAUAUGAAGGUAGAGAAGUUGAUGAAAGCAAUAAGUCAUCAAUACAAUCAUCAGAGUCUGAGAAGGAAGAGAGUAAGAAGAAGAUGGCAAAAGCAAUGCAAAUGGAAAUAGAUCAUUUACGAUCAUCUCUUCAAAGCAAAACAGGAAUAGAAGAAACGUUAAUUGGAGUAGAGAAAACAUUAAUUGAAAGAGAAAAGGAGAUAGAACAGUUACAGGAAAAGAUAUCAUUAAUGAAUAUACAACAACUGAAAGAAACUUCAAUUACUCUUAGAAAGGAUCAGUCUACACAAUCAAUAGAUCCACCAAAAGGACCAGUUUAUGUAGCUAUUAGAGACUGGGAGGCAAGAUCAAGUAUAUAUACUUGGCUUUCAGUGAAGAAAGGAGAGAAACUUGAGAUCAAGGAAGAGCGUACUAGUGGAUGGUGGCUAGCAAGAUCAUUAGAUACUGAUCGAGAGGGAUUUGUUAAUAUUGCUCAUAUUAAAAAAGAUGAAGAGAGUGAACUGUCAACAUUGGAAUCACUUGAACUAUUUCAUUAUGCAAUGACAGAAAAUGUUGACAUACCUAAAAUCAAGGAAAUUAAGACGAGGAGCAACGUUGAGAGAGCAAGUCUCUUUUUAUCAUUAAUUAAACAAGAUUCAGUUCUGCUAGAUCAACUUAGAAAAGAACAUGGAAAACCUAAAGCAAUUAGGUGGUAUGAUGAUGGUGUUGAACUGACCUCUCCAUCUUUAAUACAAUGUCAAGAAGUAGUUUCUCUAUUAACAUACAAACAUGCAUUUAUUAUGAUCAUCAAAUCAUCUCCUGACAUUGUGUGUGAUCUGUUGCCAGUUUUAUUACAAAAUGAAAAGUUAGUGCUCAGUCUCUUUCUGAACUAA